AUGGCUGUUUUGGUAGGUGGACAAUCACCAGUCUCAGGACCAUUGAUUGUUCCACAACCACAACAAAUGACAUUUGGAACACAGACUCUUCAAUUGAAUCCAUUGAAGUUCCAAAUUUACUGUCCAUCAAAGAGCCCCGUGCUUGCCAGUGCUAUCAAGAGAUAUUCAGAUUUGUUCUUUUUGUAUGGAAAUGGUGCUCCCUCUACUGCUCCAGCUGCCAUUCUCAACAUUAAAGUCAUUUCCAACUCUGAUUCACUCUACUUGGGUGUCAGUGAGAAUCACACAAUCAGCCUUGUAGCGGCUUACUCGUUGCUUAUCACCGCCGACACUGUCUACGGUGCCAUUCGUGCAUUGGAGACUGUCUCACAGAUCAUUCAAUACGAUUUCGUGACUCAGAGAUACACCAUUCCAAACACUCCAAUUUCCAUCACUGAUUACCCACGUUUCCCAUGGCGUGGAAUCAUGAUUGACACCGCUCGUCACUUUGUCCCAGCUAGCUACUUGAUGCACACUAUCGAUGCGCUUGCCGCCAACAAGAUGAACACACUCCACUGGCAUAUCACCGACGGUCAAUCUUUCCCAGCUUCCUCUGUCACCUACCCCAACUUGACAAUGGGUGCUUGGGCACCGGAGGCCGUCUUCUCUGUCGACGACAUCAAGGAGGUCGUUGCCUACGGAAAAUCGCUUGGUGUUCGUGUCGUCCCAGAGUUUGACAUUCCAUCGCACACCUACUCAUGGGCCGCUGCCUUCCCUACCAUUAUGGCCAACUGCCCAGACUACACCUACAGCUACGGACAACUCCCAAUGUCCAUUGCCAACUACCUUACCUACGAAGUCAUCACCAAUCUCUUCACUGAGAUGUCUGGUUAUUUCUUGGAUACCUACUUCCACACUGGUGGUGAUGAAGUUCCAUACGGAUGUUGGAAGGAAGAUCCACAAGUCGCUGAAUGGAUGAAUCUCAAUGGCUACACCCCAACUUUGGCCGAACAAUUCUUUGAGGAUCAAGUCACCUCUAUCCUCGCAAAAGUCAACCGUACCAAGAUUGUUUGGAACGAUCCAUUCGUCGACGGUGUCAAGCUUGACCCAUCGACCUUGAUUCAAGUAUGGGACUCCUCUUUCCAAGAUAUCGUCAAUGCUGGUUUCGAAGUGAUUGUAUCGUUCGACUAUUAUCUCGACGAACAAGUCCCAACUGGAAAUCUUCACUGGAUGUUCGAAGAUACCUGGUCUGAUUUCUAUGCUGCCGAUCCAUACAACGGUAUCACCAGCAACACAAACAAGAUUCUCGGUGGUGAAGCUUGCAUGUGGUCGGAACAAGUCAACCACUUGUCAAUGGAUGUUCGUGUUUGGCCACGUGCUAUUGGUGUCGCCGAACGUCUCUGGUCAGCUCAAACUCAAACCGAUGUCAACAAUGCCUUGACCCGUAUUGGACCACAAACCUGUCGUAUGUCACAACGUGGUAUUGCAAGUGGACCACUAUUCCCAGAUUUCUGUAUGCUCCCAGACGACUUUGAGAGCUAUCUCCAACAACCACGUAUGAGAUUAUCAAAGGAGCAAAUCAACACAUUCUUAAAUAAUAAUUAA